CCCGCGCCGCCCGCCCGCCGCCGCCGCCCGCCCGCCGCGCGCUGCCAAACACGACCCAACCACCUGUUUACUGAAUAUCACUCAAAAUAGUUCGCAUUCGAAGAGUCUUCACCUUCUUUGACAGCAAGGAGUCCGCAAGCACGGAGGUUUAAGAAAUAAUGCAGGAAGAGAUAGAGGAGUCGGUGCUGCUGCCGCCGCGCCACCGCCCCGAGCCGCCCGCCGCGCUCGCCGCCGCCACCAGGUUCUCGCAGCACGAGAUCAAGCUCAUGUACCGCGGGUUCAAGCAGGAAUGUCCAUCGGGCGUGGUAGACGAAGAGGCCUUCAAAAACAUCUUCUGCCAGUUCUUCCCACUUGGAGAUGCAACGCAGUACGCGCGACUCGUGUUCAACAGCAUCAAGCGGAAGCAGGACGGCAGAGUCAACUUCGAGGAGUUCCUGUCGCUGGCGUCGCUGGCGGCGCGCGGCUCGGUGCGGGAGCAGGCGCGCUGGCUGUUCGCGCUCUACGACGCAGACGGCGACGGACGCAUCUCCCGGGACGAGCUGCUCGUCGUGGUGCAAGCAGUAUACGACCUGCUGGGCCGCGCGGCGCGCCCCGCCCCCGGCGCGCGCGCCGCGCAGGAACACGUCGACAGGAUCUUCCACUUGAUGGACGCGGACGGCGACGGCUGGGUGUCGCUGGAGGAGCUGUCUUGCUGGCUGCGCCGCUCCGCGCCCGCGCUCGCCUCGCUGCGCCAGCUCGACACCGUCUUGUGAUGUAGCAGCAACGAGGACGUGCGUGCCUCGAGCUCGACAGCGGAGGACUGCGAGCUGCUGGAGGAGGGCUGCGCUUUUAUACCCGCCGCUGCCCCCGCGCCCGCCCCCGCCCCCGCCGCCGCCGCCCCCGCGCCCAGCGAGCCCGCCAGGGUC